AUGGAUACUACCUUGAUGACAAUUAAUAGACAAAAUUAAAAUAAAUUAUUAGUGGAUCAGCUAUAACAUCAGCAUCAAGAAUAUUCUUAAGAUUUCUAGAUUUCUGAUAAGAUAAGUUUGGAUUCAUUAAAUUAAGAACCCUCAAAUUCAGAAUACGAGAAUAACUUUUAAUAAUAUCUUUCAAAAGAAGAUUGGUAAAAAAAUCACAAUAAUAUUCUCGCAAUUCAUCAAAACAUGUCUUCGAUCGGAAUGAAUAAUUAAUCUUUCUAGGUCUUUGAUAUUAGAUCCAAUGAGGCUUUAAUAACCAUACUAAACUUAGAGAGAGAUUAAAUUAGCAAAAUGUAACAUAACUUCAUCGAGGGAAUUUUCUAGUGGAUUUCCCCCAUUUAUAUCCAACUAACAAUUUCCAUAGCCUUAAUUUGUGCCCUCGCCUUACUCUUUAUAUUAGUCAUUGUGCAUUUUAUCAGAAAGUAUCGUCUUCUCAAAGCAAAAUAUGAGAUGCUUGAGAGACAAAACAGAGAGUUGAAAGAUUAGAAUAGUAUGCUAGCUCGCAGUAAUAACUCUGAAGCCUUCGAAUCAAAUUAAAUACCUAGAGUUAGAUCAUUCGAUUUCCUACAAGAUCCGAUCUUAAUAAGUGUCAAGGCACCCUUCGAAUUUAGUAGCCAAGAAACUUUUGAAGAACCUCUUUUGGAGGAGCAAGGGAAAUCUCUAUAAGGAUUGGAUUAAAAUAUAAUUUAGUAAAUUGAAGAUAACGAGGAGGAGUAUCAUUCAUUUAUUGAACAGUUCUAAGAGAGUCCUAUUCAUAGAACAGAUAUCUCUGAUAAUCCAAGAAUCGAGAACUUGACUUCAACACCAAGAGAUAGAGUCAAGUCCUUUGAGAACUAUCAAGGAACCCCUCUGCAUCAGCAUCUGUUUAUUGAAGGAGUCAAUGACUUAGGUUAUUAAAGUUCAUAACAAUAGUAACACGAGUUAUUCACCCCUAAUAGAGAUAAUUUUAAUGUCAGCUAACCCUCUCUUUAAAAAUCGAAGAGUUCUUAACCUAAUUAUGAUGGUAUGAUGUAGUAUCAAGAUUUCCCAGCAUCUUAUGGUGAAGUGCAAUAAAAGUUUAUCAACUUCAAAAGUCCAAUUCAUGUUGAAGAUCAGAAUGAUCCUUGCAACAUCAGAUUUACUAAUUAUAACUAAAAGGUUAAUUGCUAAAGAGAUCUCUUUGGAAUAAACAAUCAAGUUCCUGCUCUUGAUUUGGGCAAGAUUAAGAGCUCUUUCGUUUGUUCAAAUGAAGAUAAGGAUUUCCAAGUGAAUUUGAACAACUAUUCAAUGAACAUUAGAAAUAGAUAUUCUGAAGAUCAGUAAGAGUACAAUACAAGAUCCUUCAAUGAGUAGCAAAUGAAUUUCAGAGGAAUUCAUACUGAAAGAGGAUAAAUUUAAAGAAAUAGACAGAUGUCCUAGUAGAAAUUUGGAAGUAGCAUCCCUAGAUUUGUGAAACUUCCUGAAUCACAAUAUUAGAGAAACCAGGUCAGUAACUUCAGAUAGUAGUAAUCACUUAAGCAAAAAACUUUUUCAUUGGGCAGAAAUACUACCUACCAUCAACAAUUUGUUCAACCAAGACCAACCUACUAAAAUAUUCAAUAAAAUAAUCUCUACUUGUAGUACAACUUUUAGAAUCAGUAUCAUCAACAGCCGAUAAACAGAGUUCAAUCUCCUUAAAUCCAGCCAAUGGUAAGAUCCAGAGGAUCCUUUAAUUCUAAGAAUGAGAGACCAAUUACCAACUAAUCUUAAUGUCAGACUUAACCACAACAAAUUCACCAAUAAAUAAAUGAAUUCUAGACUGACAAUGGCCUCUUCAACUCUUUUAACAGCAAUAACCCUUACGGUAACUAUUGCAACAAUAGCAUCCAUUCUAAUGACCUCUAAAAUCAUGAUCAUCAGUCACUUGACUUUCAUUAAUUAAUCAGAUCGCCAAUUUUAGGCUAUCAAAACUUUGAUGAAAACAUAAUGAGAACUUUUUCGGCUUCUCCUAAAUAUCAAGAAUCAGAUCGCAUAAAAUAUAUAAAUGUAGUAGACUAGAAUAGCUAAAACUUUAAUUAUGACUAACAAUAUGAUGAGGAAAUCAUUCUUGAAAAUCGCUAUCAUGGUCUGAAUAAAAUCAAUACUAAAUCAAUCUUCAGUGAAAGAUGCUAUUCUCAAGAAGAUGAAUAUGAGAACGAUAAUAACUACCCUUGCUUAGUUUAUCUUGAAAAUGGAAGGUACAGAAAUUCUUUUGAAGAGAUAAAUUUCUUGGGCAAAGGUGGGUUUGGUGUUUGUCACAAGGUGAGACAUAGACUAGACUCAAACUUUUAUGCUAUUAAAAAGAUUAGAAUGCACUUAGCCUUUGAUCAAGACAUUAAAGAGCAUAAGGUCUACAGAGAAAUAAUGGCACUUCCAAUGUUAAAUCAUAAAAAUAUAGUCAGGUACUUUGGAUGUUGGGCUGAAAGAGUUGCUAAAAAUGAAGAAUUGCUAAUCGAAAAAAGAGUAAGAGAAAUUCAAAAGAAAAUAAAAGAACAAAGCAAUCUUAGAAAUAAGAGAGGCAAAAAUAAUCUGGCUAUUAAAACAGCAAAAAAGAACUUAAAAAGAUCAAAAGGAAGUGAAAACAAACAGAGUUCAUCUAAAAAAUUCAUCAAACUUAACUAAAACGAUGAGCAAGAGGAACUAUUAGAUGAAGCAUGUGAUAAUUAAUCUCAAAAUUCAGUAAUAGAAAAGCUAUCAGAUACUAGCAAUGAAUAAGAUGAUGAAUCAAUUAAUGAUGAUGAAAGCUAUCAGUUUGAAGAUAGUGAAUAAGAUGAAAAUGACAGUGAGAAUGAUUCUAGCGAGGAAGAUGGAUCUGAUGGAGAGAAAGUUUAAAACAGAUCUCGUCUUAAAAAAUCAUUCAUUACAUCUGAGUAUGAUGAUGAGGAUGGAGAUGAUGUAUCAGAAAUAAGAGAGGACUUCUUCGAGAACGAUCAAAAUGAUUUAAUAAAUGAUGAUAGUCAAGCAAAUAUUGGGCUGUUUGAUGAUGAUGCAUUAUUCGAGUUCAUUAGGAAAGAUUAAAAGUUUAUAUCGAUUGACUUGAUGAUAUAAAUGGAAUAUUGUUCUGGUUAAUCUUUACAAGAUACACUAGAGGAUCCUCAUAGACUGAUUGAUAGCUAAAAGAACUUUCUGUAUUUUAAGUAGAUACUAAGUGCUGUUAAACAUAUUCAUUAGAAUGGCCUUAUCCACAGAGAUCUUAAACCUGCCAACAUAUUUAUUGAAAGUAAUGUACUAAAAGUUGGAGACUUUGGUCUUGCUAGAAAAUUCUAAAGAAAUCAUUAAAGAUUAGAUGCUAUUGAAGAAGUGAUUGGCAAUGCAAACAUGAAAUCUCCAAAGAUAAAAAAAAUUAGUCAAAAAGGUUUGAAAAAGCUUGUUAAAACACUCUCUUAGUAAUCUCUCCUCACUUCACAUGUGGGUACUAGUACAUAUCUCAGUCCUGAAUAAGAAUAAGAUAAGCCAUACAAUGAAAAAGUUGACAUUUUUGCUCUAGGCCUAAUUCUUUGUGAAUUAUGUUGCAAAUUUUCAACAUCCCACGAGAGAAUCGCUACUCUGAAUGACCUGAAACAAAAGGGAGUAGUGCCAAGUAAAGUUAGAUACGAAUUCCCCAUCGAGGCAUAAAUCAUGCUAUUAAUGGUAAAUAAAAACCCAGACGAGAGACCAAGUGCCAUUGAGCUCCUCAAGCAUCCUUUAAUGAACUAAUGGGCAAUGUUAUUCUCCUCAUUUAUUGUGUCCCCUCGAGAUUAAAUUUAACCUUUAAACUAAGAAGAUUAUCAUAACUAAGGUAACAUUAGUAACUCAGAGGUUAAUGAGGAAAAUAAUCACGGAAGUCUGAAUAUGAUAAUAGAAGAGCAAAUUACCUAAUCUCAGCAAAGAACUUCAAAUAACUAAGAUAGUAUCAAUAACAGCUUCUGCAUUGAAAACUUAAACAAAAAUAUUUAUGCCAAAGGUAAAAUGAUAAAGGUCAAUUCUAUGCUCAUCAAAGAUUCUAGAUUACUUGAUUCUUAGCCAGUAGAUUGA